AUGCGUGCAAAGAAGCGCAGCAAGCGCACAGACGACAAAGUCAAAGUCACGCCAACAUCUCAACUCAUCGCUCGCUACCACGCUCUCGAAAAGCGCCUAGCUCGUGAGACUGACGCCAUCGUGCGUGCUCAGCUCAAGGCAGAGCAAGAAGAGCUUGGCGGCUUGGCGACGUAUCAAGACAGUUCGCUGCAGGGUAGCGACAAAACCAAGGGCGGCCAGACGGCCAAAUGGUCCGUCAAGCAGCUCAUCGAGCUUCAAGGCAAGAUCUCAAUGAGAGUGCUCGACGUCGGCGCCAUAGAAGGCACCGCCUACGCUAAACAGUCUACCUGGCUGGACGUGACUUAUCUCGACCUGAAUCCUCGCGCUGACCAUGUCAUCAAGGGAGAUUUCCUUACCUUUCCGCCAGAGACGGACAAGCAAGAAGAUAAGUUCGACAUGAUCUGUCUCUCGCUUGUCAUCAACUUCGUCGGCGACAUCAAAGCGAGAGCCGAUAUGGUCAGACGUGCUCAUAGGCUCUUGAGAGACAAUGGCUUGCUCUUUAUCGUCCUGCCUCUACCGUGCCUAGAGAACUCGCGAUACCUUAACUCUCCACGCUUCGAGGCAAUCUUGGCAACCCUUGGCUUUGCAAGGAUACGACAGCAUGAUAGCGCCAAGCUGACGCAUUGGCUAUUUCGCCGGACUCAGGCAGGCAACACUACAGCCUGGCCGAGGCGAGAGGUCAGGGCUGGCGCUAAGCGCAACAAUUUCGUCCUCAUAGUCUGA